AUGGUUCCAGGUUAUAAAUGUGACCGGCAAGACACUCUGUUAUCUGUCAUUGGAGGUGAUAAUGCCAAAUCCUCAAGUAUGAUGGCCUCCAUCUUCAGCAUCCUGAAGGUCCCACAGCUUGGUGUUGGCUUUGAAUUCACUCAGGGAGACAGAAGAGUUUAUCCUUCCUUCUUCCGGAUUAAUCACAAUGAAUUUCCUCAGUACGUGGGCUUAAUCCAGCUGCUCCUGUAUUUCCAGUGGAACUGGGUUGGAUUUUUAGCCUCUGAAAGUCUCUAUGGAGAAUCUUUCAUCUCAUCUCUGAUGCCGAUGCUCAAGGAGAAGGAGAUCUGCCUGGCCUAUGCAGAAAUGUUGGCAUCUGAUGCCCUUAUGAUUAUAAUAGACCACGAAACUCCUCUAGGCCAGGAUUUGCGUAUGAAUUCUGAUGCAAUUGUCUGGGCCGCAAAGCCGGUUUGCUGCUACCAAUGUGUCCCUUGUCCAGAAGGAGCCAUUUCUAAUCAGACAGAUGCAGCUCACUGUGAACCCUGCCCAGAAGACCAGUAUCCCAACAAGGACAAGGACCAAUGCAUUGCCAAGAAGAUCCACUUCCUUGCCUAUCAAGAGACCCUGGGAUCCACUUUGGCUUCUCUAGCUCUUUUCCUUUCUCUGAUCACAUCUGCAGUACUGGUGAUUUUCCAUAAACAUCAUGACACACCAAUAGUCAAGGCAAACAACCGAAAUCUCACCUACAUCCUCCUGGUCUCCCUUCUGCUCUGCUUCCUGUCUUCCUUCCUUUUCAUUGGUCGACCUGGGAAGCUCACCUGUCUCUUUCGACAAGCUGUCUUUGCCAUUCUCUUUUCCCUUGCAGUUUCCUCUGUCUUGGCAAAAACCGUCAUGGUGGUUUUGGCCUUCAUGGCCACCAAGCCUGGAAACAGGACAAGGAAAUUCUUAGGAAAAUCACUCACCAACUCCAUUGUCUUAGGCUGUCCCUUGGUCCAAGCACUUAUUUGUGCCAUUUGGCUGGGAACGUCUCCCCCAUUUCUCAACUUGGACUUCCACUCCUUGUUUGGAGAAAUCAUCUUAGAAUGUAAAGAAGGCUCAGCUUUAAUGUUUUACACUGUCCUUGGCUAUCUGGGUUUUUUGGCCCUCAUCAGUUUCACUGUAGCCUUUCUGGCUAGGAAAUUGCCUGACAGCUUUAACGAAGCCAAAUUCAUUACUUUUAGCAUGCUGGUCUUUUGCAGUGUUUGGAUCACUUUCCUCCCCACCUAUUUAAGCACCAAAGGGAAGUUCAUGGUAGUUGUGGAGAUCUUCUCUAUCUUGGCCUCUGGGGCUGCUCUCUUGGCUUGUAUCUUUUUCCCCAAAUGCUACAUUAUUCUACUGAGGCCCCAUCUUAACUGUAGGGAAAAUAUGAUAAGAAACAAAAAUAUCUAA